AAAUAUAAUAUCGGUAUUAUUCAUUGUUGGGAUUACAACUGUGCAAGUCUGUUAUGGAAUUGCCGGCAGCUAGUAGUUCAGAGCAGAGUGGUCACCAUUGUUCACAUGGUGUAGAUUCCGAAGGAAAGCCCAAAAAGAAGAUGUGUUGUGCUUGUCCCGAAACAAAGAAGCAGCGCGACGAAUGUAUUUUGAAAAAUGGAGAAGAGAAGUGCAAAGAGUUUAUUGAAGCACACAAGGCGUGUUUGCGUCAGGAAGGUUUCAAGGUGUAGAGAGCUACUUAGAAGGCAGCGUAUAAAAUAAAUGAGCAACUAUUCUUGCAUAUUUAAGUGACCUACUGA